AUGCCUGAUAAACGCGUGACAACUCUACCACCACAUGCCCCUCCAACAGAAAGUACAAGAAUACAAUACCAUCCUACACUUAGUCAAAUCCAAUCUGACUCAGUAUCAGCUUUAGCUGACAAGUAUUGGAGGAAUAGAGAUGUCAAACUCAGAAAAUGGUCACCAGAAGUAGUAGAUAAAAUUUAUUCCGAAGAAUUGGAAGAAAAUAAUUUUGAUGUUAAAAAAUUAAUGUUAUUAGAGUUCAGCCAAUAUUUGGAAAAUUAUUUAUGGCCAUAUUUUGACAACAACAAUUCAACAUUGACUCAUGUCUUGUCAAUCGUUUUAAUGGUUAAUGAAAAAUUUAGACAAAGUGUAUCUGCAUGGGAUUGUUUUGAAUCAUUACCUGAACAUUUUUCAAAUUGGUUUACUCAAGUUCUUAAACUGGCAGUUUCCCCAGAUUUAAAUAAUUUAAGCCUUAAAAUAAGAAAACAUAUUUUGAUUUUCUUUAUUCAUGCUUUUCAAAGUAUUGAAAAUCCUUUGAUUAGAGGAGAAACUAUCAAAUUAGUGUCACUUCCAACAUGGCAUUGUCUAGAUCCACCAUCAUUAAGAGAGCAUGAAUUCGAAUCAAAUAAAGAACUUAAAAAAGCAUGGAAUUAUUUAAUAAAAAAAUAUACCAAAGCAGAUAAUAUACAAAAAGAAAAACUCAUAUUUGAAAGAACUUGGAUUAGUAAUUUGAUGAAAGGAUUUAUAAAAAUAUUGUAUUCAAUACCUUCUAUAGCUGAUCCUGAUGCAAUUGCUUAUUGUGAAAGAUUCCUGGAAUUUUUAAUUGAUCUAGAGGCACAAUUACCAACAAGAAGAUAUUUUAAUACUUUAUUAAAUGAUCAUCAAAUUUUAGUGCUGUGUAAAUUAUCUCCUUUGCUGAAACGUCAGGAAGGAUGUGAACUUUUUAAACAACUUUUAGAAAUUUUAAAAUUUUAUGCUGGUUUUGAGAUUAAUGACCAUACUGGCUCUGCAUUAACUUAUGAUCAACUUACCGAGAUACAUUGUCAAAAAUUAACUGCCUUACAGCGAAUUGCAUUUAAACAUUUUAAAGAUUCGCUUUUAUCUCUAGCACUCUCAAAUCUUUCUGCUAUUGAGACGCGUGAAAGUUUAUUAAAGCAUUUUAAUGCAUUGAGUCAUGAUGAAAUAAUUAGGUUAUGUGGAUUUCUUCAUAUUCGAACAAAAAAAUUAAUUGGCAAAGAAGGAGGUGGGGAGGAUGAUGAUAGUAGUGAUAAUGGUUUAUAUGACAAAGUAUUUUUGAUGGAGGCUCUCAUUGAAAAAUUUGAAAAGAGAAUGAGUCAAAUUGAUGCAAUAAAUGCUAUGCCGUUAUAUCCUGAUGAAAAUUCACUUUUUGAUGAUGCUGUUGUUAAAACACAAUUUUUCUCUGGUGAAACACCAUUAGCAUUACCAAAACUUAAUUUACAAUUUCUUACAAUACAUGAUUAUUUAUUAAGAAACUUUAAUUUAUUUCGUUUGGAAAGUACUUAUGAGAUUAGACAAGAUAUUGAAGAUGCUGUGAAAAGAUUAGCACCAAGAAUAAUUUAUCCUACUGGUAAAACUGAAUUUACUGGUUGGGCCCGUAUGGCUGUUGAAAUUGAAAAUAUUAGUAUAGUUAGUGUUGCAAAACCAGAUAUUGGUGAAAAUAAACCUGCUCAAGUUAAAGCAGAUGUAACAUUUAAUCUUGGUAGAUACACAGAAUCUAUCAAAAAUGAAUGGGAUUCUUUGAAACAACAUGAUGUAUUAUUUUUAUUAACCAUUCAAGCAAAUGAUGAUACUGGUGAAAAGUAUCACGAUGAUAUGCCAUUCAGAUCACAUUUUGGAUUGAAAUAUGUAAGAGGUUGUGAAGUUAGUGAUAUUAUUGGAGAUGAUGGUAAACCUAUUGAUGAAGUAGGUAAACCACGUAUAGAGGAUAAAAGACCUAAAAUAUCUGGAAACUUAAGGACACUUCGUAUAUUACUGGACACAAACCAAUAUAAACAAGAGGAUGUAUAUGAAACUUUUAAUAUUUUAAUGAGAAGGAAACCAAAGGAAAAUAAUUUUAAAGCUGUUCUUGAAACUAUUCGUGAUUUAAUGCAAAGCGAACUAGUUGUUCCGGAUUGGUUGCAUAAUAUAUUUUUAGGUUACGGUCAUCCAGGUAGUGCUCAUUACACUAUGAUGCCAAAUCUACCAAAAGAAAUUGAUUUCCGUGAUACUUUCUUGGAUUAUGAUCAUUUGAUUGAAAGUUUUCCAGGAAUGAAAAUUGUGCCUGCAGAUGGAUACAAAGAACCUAUACCACCACCUUAUGUACUUCAAUUUCCUGAACCUCAAAAUAAUGUAAAAUCUUUAAAGAGAAAAGAUGCUGAUAGUGUAAAAGAUUCUUCAAAUCAAAAUCAAAUAACUGUAAAAACUUACAGUUUGCCAAAUAUGGGACCUUAUCCAUUUAAUCAACCAAAAAAAAAUUUAAUCAGGUUUACUCCUGCACAAGUGGAGGCCAUAAAGGCAGGUACAAAUCCAGGUCUUACAUUAGUAGUUGGACCUCCGGGUACUGGUAAAACUGAUGUGACAGUUCAGAUUAUAGCAAAUAUAUAUCAUAAUUUUCCUGAUCAGCAUACAUUAUUGGUCACUCAUAGUAAUCAGGCAUUAAAUCAAUUAUUUGAAAAAAUUAUGGCAUUAGAACUUAACACAGAGUUAAGUUUUAGUAAAUAUGGUAGAGUUAAUUCGUUUUUGGAAAAACGACUUGCGUUGUUGGCUGAAGUAAGUAGACUAGCAGAAUCAUUGGAAAUUGGUGGUGAACAUGGUUAUACAUGCGAGACAGCAGGAUAUUUUUAUUUAUAUCAUGUAUUAUCAAGAUGGGAACCAUAUAUAGACAAGUGUAGACAAGGAUUAGAAGAAAAGAGUGAUGACGGCAAUGUUUCUGUUGACAAAAAAUCAAUCAUAAUCAAUCAGUUUCCCUUUACCAACUAUUUUUAUGAUGCACCACAACCUUUAUUUCCCAAUGAUGCGAGUUAUGCUGAAACACUGGAGAUAGCUGAAGGUUGUUUCAGGCAUAUCGAAAAAAUUUUCACAGAGAUUGAGGAAAUUCGUGGAUUUGAACUAUUGAGAACCAGUUAUGAUCGAGCUAAUUAUUUGUUAACUAAAGAAGCUAAAAUUAUUGCAAUGACUUGUACUCAUGCUGCACUUAAAAGACGUGAAUUAGUUUCUUUACGAUUUAAAUAUGAUAAUAUAAUAAUGGAAGAAGCAGCACAAAUAUUGGAAGUUGAAACUUUUAUCCCACUGUUAUUACAAGAAACCGAAGAUGGUAUAAGUAGAUUGAAAAGGGUGAUACUGAUUGGAGAUCAUAAUCAAUUGCCACCUGUUGUUAAAAAUAUGGCAUUUCAACAAUAUGGUAACAUGGAACAAAGUUUAUUCACUAGAUUUGUUAGACUUGGAGUUCCAACUAUUGAUCUUGAUGCUCAAGGACGUUCAAGACCAUCUAUUGCUCAAUUAUAUAAUUGGAAAUAUACAAAUUUAGGAAAUUUAUCAGUUGUGAUUGAUCAAAAAGAAUAUCAAUUGGCUAAUGCAGGAUUAAUAUAUGAUUAUCAAUUAAUAAAUGUAGAAAAUUAUCAAAAUAAAGGUGAAACGGAGCCAGUUCCAUAUUUUUAUCAGAACCUUGGUGAAGCAGAAUAUAUUGUAGCAGUAUAUCAAUAUAUGAGAUUAUUAGGGUACCCGGCAAAUAAAAUAACAAUUUUAACAACUUAUAAUGGACAAAAGGCUUUGAUAAGAGAUGUAUUAAAUCAAAGAUGUUCCUGGAAUCCAUUAUUUGGUAAACCAGCUAAAGUUACAACAGUUGAUAAAUAUCAAGGUCAACAGAAUGAUUAUAUUUUAUUAUCUUUGGUUCGUACAAAAUCAGUUGGUCACAUUCGAGAUGUCAGACGAUUAAUUGUAGCAUUUUCACGUGCAAGAUUAGGACUAUAUGUAUUUUGUAGAAAAAAACUAUUUGAAAAUUGUUACGAGUUGACACCAACAUUGAAUAAAUUGUUGGAAAGACCCGAUACAUUACAAAUUAAAGUUAAUGAGAUGUUCCCUUCUGAUAGAGAUGUUACUGAUUAUAGUGAUCCUUUUACAAUAUUGGAUGUCACACAUAUUGGAGAAUAUUUUGUUAACACAGGCAUGACCGAUUCUCCAUCUUCUGUCCAAGUACUAAACCCUAUUUCAGUAAAAAAUUAUACCACAAUGGACACACAUGUUGAAAUUUUAUCACAAAAGAACGAUUUCAAAAAUGACGACAACAACAUCGAUGAUGAUUAUAGCAAUAACGAAGACAACAUUGAUCCAACUCAAAAGAAUAACAAAGACGCACUAUUUUCUGACACCUCGGAUUCAGAAAUAGAGUUUAUCAAUCAUAAUUCGGUCCAGAGACAAGGAGAUGAAACUGAACCUGAAGACAAAGCAAAAAAUUUAGAAGCACGAGAAACAUUACAACAUGAGAAAUUAAUAAAAGCGGGUUAUCUUGCUAAAAAACGAGGGAAAAGAAAAUAUGAACUUUUGAGAAGUUUAGAUAUGCAUGACGUUCAUGCUGUGACAGAAGUAAAUUUAAAAAAUAAACAAAAUGUAUUUGGAAUUGUCACUCCUAAACGUACAUAUUAUGUUCAAGCAGAAAGUAAAAAAAUGCUUGAUGAAUGGGUUGAAGCAAUAAAUAAGGUUAAAAAAGAAGUACAAGAUGAAGAAUUAUUAGAUGAAGGAAGUCAAGCAGAUAAAGGACCACAUUCCUAUGUUUCUGCUUCAUCCUAUACUUCGGGAGGUUCUGUUCCAAAUGCAUCAUCAUCACCAUCAAGUCCAUUUGCAACGAAUUCUCCUCCUAAAAGACAAAAUAGUAGUGAUAGAACAGCUACUUCUGAGGAAGAAAAUGAUGUCAUGGAUGCAACUAAUGAUGAAAAUGAUGAAAAUAAUGAAGGAGGUGAGAAGUCCCGAAUAAUUCAUCAAGGAUAUCUUUAUAAAUUGGAUAGAUACAAGGAUCUCAAACCUCAUUUGAGUAUAAAUCUGAUUGACGUCCUUGAUGCAAUUGAAAUAGAACCAAUUUCUAAAUCAAAAUUAUAUUGUUUCAAAGUUAUUACACCUAGAAGAACUUAUGUAUGUUGUGCACCAAAUGAUGAAACACAAGUUGCAUGGUUAGCGGCUAUACAAGUUGCUUUAAGUAAAAUAAAAGAAAAAAAUAAAGAUACAACAACUGAACAGAAUACUACAA